CCAAUGUAAAUAGCAACCAGAUCUUCCUAGCAGCGGGUAAACAAAGUAGUGGCUAUGCUUCCUACAUGUGUAUCUCAGUUUUGGUAGUUACGCUUUGACUUGCAGCCAAGUCGGCACGCCGGAUAGGGCACCGGCUACUUUUCUAGACAUUUUUGUCUCCAGUAGUGUCUUAAUUUAGCGUAACUUUCCCUUUUUAUCCACUAAUGGUGUGAAGAAAGGAGGAGUGGUGAAAAAUAUUUUGCCGGGAAAUUUCUAAGACGUAUUUUCUGAGACAUUUUUUCAAGGAGGACUUGAAGAUGACGGCGGUACCAGUGCUUGCAGGUCGGGGUUUUCCGACAAUGUUCGGUGAAAUCCGUGAUCAGAAUGUGACAUUUUGCGUGGACACCUCGGGCAGCAUGUACAGUGAUCUGAGCGUUGUGAAGGAGCAUCUGACUGAAGCACUACUGAAGAUAGCAUACACAGCUCCGGACAAAAUGUUCAACGUCAUCGAGUUUUCUACUGAGGUUGACCAGUGGGCUGACCGUAUGGUGAAAUGUACUCCACACACGGCCACCAGAGCGGCAGGCUGGAUUCGUGCUUUGACCCCGAAGACAGGAACAAACACCUUAGAUGCCUUACUGACGGCUCUCGGAGACCCGGAGUGCACGUCCGUGUACUUAGUCACGGACGGUCUACCCGACCAGGCGCCGCACGACAUUCUCCAACGUGGCGUAUCUUCCCGCGGCCGCCCCGUCCACUGCAUCUUCCUGACACACACCUUCGCUGACGCAGCCGCACACGACUUUCUACAGGACCUGGCUAUCCAAACUCGCGGGUCCUUCCACAUCAUCACUCUUACAACUGACGGUAACGUCCACAGGGUCACACCAGUCUACCGCGCUGACCAUUCCGGUAAGCGUCCACUAGGAGGUCCUCUGUACCCACCACUCAAGUCAUCAAGUGUGAUGACAAGACUUGACCAUAACCCGUUCUUGGAAGGGACAGAUCCCACCCCCAUUGUCACCUACACACCCUGGGAACCAGUUGUCACAUACACACCGCUGGACACAGUUGUGACAGUACCGAGUGUGGGAACAGCGACGUACACUCGCCCGCUGAAACUCCGCAACACCAUCACGGGGAAGAUCGUGGACACGACGAGUCUGGAGUUCUCUCCGUCGGCUAGUCUCAUCAUGCGGGGGACACGAGUGUUGGCGAGACGGGAUGAAGACGGUUACUACUACAUGGGCACAGUGGCAAAUCAACUUCCUGAUGCAAAGGGCCGUUUCAUGAUUGAGUUUGACAAGGCACCAACCUUGAAGAGUCGUAUGCAGGAGACAGGCAUCUAUGACAUGAUCGCUCAUGUGGACGCCUUCCGACACAAAAUAGUCCCUGGUGACAAGGUCCUGGCACCGUGGGAAGAGACAGGACGGAGAUUCGGGCCCGGAACAGUACUGGAAGGGGUGGAGAGAAGAUUUGAAGACAGUAUUGAUGAUGAUGAAGACUUGGUGGUGACGUUCUGGAAUGGUAAAACGGAGUCUGUCCCCAGACACAAGGCCAUCUGGAUCCCCCUCAUGCUGUACGAGAGAGUCAUCUUUGAGCUCCAGAUGCCUGUGGCGGCGCGGGAGAAGUUUCUGGAAGCUAACCCAGGCUGGCCGUACGAGUCUCCGCCCGGGUACCCGUCCACGUACAUCGUCGGUGACCCGGCAGAGUUCACUCCACCCAAGCCUGCACGCAUCAAGUCUCCACAUCUAGUCAGCAGUACCAGGCACGUCUACAUGCCAACACACUACCCAACAUACCCGUACCCCUGGUACUGGUAUCCAGUUGUCCCAUCCACUUUGGAGACAAAGGACGAUGGGAAAAUCCCCGGAGCCGAUGUCACAAAAGAUCAGCUGAACAGAAAAGUCUUACAGCAGCUGAGAGAGAACAAACUUCUCCUGGAUGACACCAGGGAGGAGAUGAAAGACCUCAGAAGGUCCCUCAAGAAAUCCAAAUCCAUAGACAGUGGCCUGAGUUCUCUAAGUGACUAUGAGGACUUGUAUGAGUAUGAAGACUUCACACCUAGAGAUAAGUCAACCAACACUGAUUGGAGCCUCUACAAGGAGACCAAAGGGACACAGAAGGAGGAGCGUCCGCCUUGGAGAUACUGGUCAAGAACACCGAGAUCUCCUGUGUCGAAGGCACCCCAUCCUCCAACGUCAAAGCCAACGAAACGGUAUCCAGCGUUUCGCGACACCACGGUCGACACUCCGAUGGAGCUGCUUCGAGGGCCAAACGAUGAACAGGUUGUUGAGCGUCCCGUCGUUCCGCGUGGAACACACGGACACUAUCAGACAAACUCUCGCCAGCUCACACCGGCCAGGCCAUUCACCGCGCCGGGGGGUGGGAGAGCGACCGUUGUCACAGGGCCGAAUGACUACGACUAUUCCGUGUUCAACACGGUCAACCAUUCGCAGCCGCCAGCACAGCCGCCACAGGGACCUCCAAACAAGAGCUCGGCCUUCCAGAACGUUGACCACACCUUCAGACGCAGCAUCAACAUGAGGGAAGCCAUGAUGCACCCACAACCUCCACCUGCCUCUCCCUACCUGGCACAGAGACAAGGAUAUCCACUGAACGAGACAAUCGGACGCAACAAAAACAUCCUGAGUCAGGAGGAGGCUGAGAACACGCUGUCCGACUUCCGGCGCCGUAGAGAGAUGCUUCGCCGACAGUCUGAGCACAGACAGAGGACCGAGGCUGAGGAGAAGGCAGCGGCCAUCGAGGCUGCUAAAAGACAACAGGCACUACAGUUCAUCAAACAAGACAUUGAUCGUCAUGAGUCCAACGAGAAGAAAGUCCAGGACACUAUUGAAGCCAAGCGGGGCAUCACCAGCUCCAUCCAGCAGUAUGAGAGGAACAGGGAAGAUGGACACUUCCAGAAAGACCAGGACCGCGUGUCGGCACUUCGGCAGAGACAAGUCAGACAUGACGUACUCCAGCAGCAGAGGAUGCAGGAGAAAGAGGACACCAUCAGGAGAAGACGAGAGGGACAUGAGGCUCGUAUUGCCAUGCACAACCUGGAGUCUGAGAUCAAGUACGACGUGGAACAAGGAAAACUUCAGACCAGAGACACACGGAGGAGAAUAGCCGAGUCCCAGCGACGCGAGUUCUUCCACAAAAAGGAGAUGGCGGCUCAGGAAAAGAAAAACUUGACGGCAACGGUAGAUGAGCAAAAGUUACAAAUGUACAGGUCACAUGUUCUACCUUAAUGACAUCAAACUAUGCAGGAAUUGAGAGAAUCUUUCAUAAUAUAUUUAGUAAGAGAAGAUAUGAAUUUAAAGGUAGUUUUUUGUAACUAUAAUUAUAGUUGAUAGUCAUAAAUGCACAGCAAACUAGUCAGAGAAGUAACAUUUGCAAAGCAAAUACAUAAUGUUUACCUUCGGACAUCAGUCACCAUGGUGACAGACGUCAACAAAUCAUGUCAUUGGC